UUUGUUGUUUUUGGUAGACUACCACUCUAACUUAUUUGUUUACAAAUUUCAGCGCGAAAUUUUUUGCUUAUAUCUCAGCGCAAAUAUCGCCAAUGAAAUACACUUUAGAAGGCAACAAUGCACGGGUUAUUGCCAAAGCCGUACAAUCUCUGUCCAAAGUGGGCAAGGAAAUGUUCAUCGAGAUCGACCAACUGGGAUUGCAAAUGCGGGCCAUAAACGCGACUCAAUCGGCGGUGGGCAGUAUAACCUUCAGAAGAUCCAUGUUUGAAGUGUUUGAUAUGCCUACUGUAUCGGGUUUCUACUGCAAGAUAUCCAUGAAGGGAUGUUUGGCCGUGUUUCGGAAUAUGAACGAGGUCGAGUACUGUGAACUUAAUUUAGUUGACAACCAGACCAAUCUGCAGGUCAAUCUCCGCUGCAAACUGGAGACCACAAAGGAAGCAACUAUUUCCAUCAUAGAUGACCAAAAUAUUAACACAAACAUAGACACCGACCAGAUGCCAAAUACAAUUCGGGGAGAUCACAAACUGUUCACUGACAUUUCGAACAACUUUAUUUCUUCGGAGGAGGAACUGACUUUGGAGGCAAACUCGGGUAGCUUAGUGGCCAAAAACUACAUAGAAGGAGCCAGAGUGAAUGAUAAAUUUAUGCGAACACAGUUAAAGUUGAAGCCCAGCGAAUUCGACCAGUACCAGGUUUCCAAGGAAACUAUCAUAACGUUUUGCAUGAAGGAGUUUCGAGCCUUUCUUCUUUUCGCCGAGUGCUUAAAUGCUUCGAUGACCUUGCAAUUCGAUGAUGCGGGUAGGCCUUUUUUGCUAAAAAUCAAAAAGCAUAGCGAGAUUGAGUGCUUGCUCAUUAUGUCUACGUUGUCGCCUGAUGAUGUGAGCUUUUCUGAGGAAUACUGUCAAAGAGAUUUGACGGUUCAGGACCCAGAAGUCCGAGAGGCUGUUUCGAACCGAAAGAGCAGCUCUUCGGAUGCAAAAGUAGCUAGCAAACGGAAGAGCAGCACCUCCGAACCGGCUGCAGUGCAGCCGAAACGUCGAGUUGAGGAGAGCCAGUUGGAAUCAAGCAUGGAAACUCCUCUCUUCCAGUUCCGGGCAUCGGAGGCUCCUUCUGUCCAGCAGCCUCGCAUUCUUGCUGAGGUGGACACCGUGGUCUUAAUUGAAGACGAGGCGGAACAAGAGGCCCUCAUGUUGGCAGCUGCCGAUGCCGCUUUAGAGGCCAGCAUGGCACCUGCUCCGGCGCCACCUAACAGCACAGAGGUAUGCUUCUUUAACACAGACGAUUCACAAGAACCAAAGCAAAUAGAACUUUCCUCGGACGACGGCGAAACCAUACCUCAGUCUCCUGAACGACCGAACAAGGUGCGAACCAUCUUUUCGCGGUGCUUUCAAAGUACUUACGUUCCACGGGAGCCAUCGCCGAACACCCAGGUCUAUGCGCCAAAUUCAGAUACAGAGGAUUAGUCUAAAUUUGAUCGUUGUUCAACAAAUACAAUGUAUAGGUCAUAA